AUGCGUCCCCCGCGCCCCUCCGCCGUGCUGCUCGCCAUCCUGAGCACGCUUUGGGUGGUGGCGCUCGCGGCCGCCGAGGCCCCGCACCUGGUGCGCGUGGACGCGGCCCGCGCGCUGCGGCCCCUGCGGCCCUUCUGGAGGAGCACCGGCUUCUGUCCCCCACUGCCGCAUGGCCAGGCCGACCGGUAUGACCUCAGCUGGGAUCAGCAGCUCAACCUGGCCUAUGUGGGUGCGGUUCCUCACGGCGGCAUCGAGCAGGUUCGGACCCACUGGCUGCUGGGCCUCGUCACGGCCAGGGGGCUGGCCGGGCAGGACCUGCGCUACAACUUCACCCACCUGGAUCGGUACCUGGACCUUCUCAGGGAGAACCAGCUCGUCCCAGGCUUUGAGCUGAUGGGCAGCCCCUCUGGACGCUUCACCGACUUCGAGGACAAGCAGCAGGUGUUCGAGUGGAGGAACCUGGUCUCUCUCCUCGCCAGGAGAUACAUCGGUAGGUAUGGCCUUGAGCACGUUUCCAAGUGGAAUUUUGAGACAUGGAACGAACCAGACCACCACGACUUUGACAACGUGUCCAUGACCUUGCAAGGCUUCUUGAACUACUACGAUGCCUGUUCCGAGGGCCUGCGAGCAGCCAGCCCGGCUCUGCGCCUGGGCGGCCCUGGAGACGCCUUCCACGCGCCGCCGCGCUCGCCGCUCUGCUGGGGCCUCCUGGGGCACUGCCACAACGGCACCAACCUCUUCACCGGGGAGGUGGGCGUGCGGCUGGACUACAUCGCCCUGCACAGGAAGGGCGCGGGCAGCUCCAUCUCCAUCCUAGAGCAAGAGGCGGCGGUCGUGCAGCAGAUACGGCGGCUCUUCCCCAAGUUCACGGACACCCCCAUUUACAACGACGAGGCCGACCCGCUGGUGGGCUGGUCCCUGCCGCAGACCUGGAGGGCCGACGUGACCUACGCGGCCAUGGUCGUGAAGGUCAUCGCGCAGCACCAGAACCUGCUGCUGGCGAACGCCAGCUCGGCCGUCCACUACGCGCUCCUGAGCAACGACAACGCCUUCCUGAGCUACCACCCGCAUCCAUUCUCGCAGCGCACGCUCACCGCGCGCUUUCAGGUCAACAACACGCGCCCGCCGCACGUGCAGCUGCUGCGCAAACCGGUGCUCACCGCCAUGGCGCUGCUGGCCCUGCUGGACGGCGAGCAGCUCUGGGCCGAAGUGUCGCAGGGCGGCGCGGUGCUUGACAGCAACCACACGGUGGGCGUCCUGGCCAGCGCCCACCGCUCCACUGGCCCGGCCGACGCCUGGCGCGCCACGGUGCUGGUCUACGGGAGCGAUGACACCCGCGCCCACGCCAACCGCACGGUCCCAUUGAUUCUGAGCCUGCACGGGGUGCCCCCAGGCCCCGAGGUCGUCUUUGUCCAGCUCUACGUGGACAACUGGCUCUGCAGCCCCUACAGCGACUGGCGGCGCCUGGGCAGGCCGGUCUUCCCUUCGGCGGAGCAGUUCCGGCGCAUGCGCGAGGCCGAGGACCCUGCGGCCGUGAAGCCACGCCCCUUCCCCAGCAGCGGCCACCUGACGCUGCGCCCUCCGCUCGCUCUGCCCUCGCUGCUGCUGGUGCACGUGUGCGCGCGCCCCGAGGAGCCUCCGGGCCAGGUGACUCGGCUCCGUGCUCUGCCCCUGACCCGCGGGCAGUUGCUUUUGGUCUGGUCGGAUGAGCGUGUGGGCUCCAAGUGCCUGUGGACCUAUGAGAUCCAGUUCUGCCCAGAGGGUGGGGUGUUCGCUCCCAUCAGCAGGAAGCCUUCAACAUUUAACCUGUUCGUGUUCAGCCCAGACACAGCUGUGGUCUCCGGCUCCUAUCGGGUUUGUGCCGUGGACUACUGGGCCCGGCCAGGCCCCUUCUCCAGCCCCGUGCGGUACCUGGAGGCCCCUGCCUCUUGA